CUCAUCAUACAUUGUUAAGCAGGUAGAACUGUUAGCUGAGGCUUUUAAAAUUGUCGAUUCCCUUUCGCCAUUUUUAAAGUACAGAUGGAAAGAUGAAGAGUGAUGUUAUAAUGAUGUCGAUGCCUUUUAUACACAUUCGUUACAGCUAAGGACUUUUGAGGACGGGAUCAGCCUAAGAAUGCACGCCUUUGCGCUAGUUCUGACGAUCAUCAUGUUAAUUCAGGGGAAAAUAACAUCCGGUGUAACCUACUUCUUCAGCUCUAACCAAUUGUCUUUGAAUGAUGCUGUAGAUUUCUGCCAGAGUAACCAUGGUCAUAUCAGUUCGUUUGACAGCCAGGCCACUUGGAACAACUAUAAAGAUGAAAUGAAUUCUCUUGGCAAGUGCGACACUCGUUAUUGGGCAAGUAACGUAUUGGAUAGUUGUCUGAAUGGAAAAUGGACGUAUAGUGGCUGGGGAAUAUGGGACGGCUCUCACGAACCCGAUGAUUGCCCUGAUUCAAAGUGCGUCACUGUGAUAUGCAAAGGAAUGAGAACAAGGGAUUGUUCCGGCUCUUAUUUUACUCUUUGCAGUAAAGAUCUUUCAACGACGGCAAAAACUACGGCGUCAACGAAUAACCCUACUACAGCACAAACUACGGCGUCAACGAAUAACCCCACUACAGCACAAACUACAGCGUCAACGAAUAACCCCACUACAGCACAAACUACAGCGUCAACGAAUAACCCCACUACAGCACGAACUACGGCGUCAACGAAUGACCCCACUACAGCACAAACUACAGCGUCAACGAAUAACCCUACUACAGCACAAACUACGGCGUCAACGAAUAACCCCACUACAGCACAAACUACGGCGUCAACGAAUAACCCUACUACAGCACAAACUACAGCGUCAACGAAUAACCCUACUACAGCACAAACUACGGCGUCAACGAAUAACCCCACUACAGCACAAACUACGGCGUCAACGAAUAACCCCACUACAGCACGAACUACGGCGUCAACGAAUGACCCCACUACAGCACAAACUACGGCGUCAACGAAUAACCCUACUACAGCACAAACUACAGCGUCAACGAAUAACCCUACUACAGCACAAACUACAGCGUCAACGAAUGACCCCACUACAGCACAAACUACAGCGCCAACGAAUAACCCCACUACAGCACUAACUACAGCGUCAACGAAUAACCCCACUACAGCACAAACUACAGCGUCAACGAAUAACCCCACUACAGCACAAACUACAGCGUCAACUAAUAACCCCACUACAGCACAAACUACAGCGUCAACGAAUAACCCCACUACAGUACUAACUACGUUAACCAAUGCCCGCACUACAGCACUAACUACGUUAACCAAUACCCGCACUACAGCACUAACUACGUUAACCAAUGCCCGCACUACAGCACUAACUACGUUAACCAAUGCCCGCACUACAGAUGGCGAGACUUCUUCACAAAACACACGUAUAUCAGAUUUCACGUCUGACGUCAGUACCACGACACAAACCACACUGGACUCCGUCAGUAAAAUUAACUGCAACUUGUGUUGUGUUGUAAAUAACACGAGUAGACAACUCAACCAGGAAGAGUUGAACAACGUCAUACAAAAACUUAGGAAUGAGCUCGCUGUAAACAAAACUAAUUUGUCUGCCUACCGCCGUAAGCUAAUUAGUGUGUAUGACCCCCGGCCCAGCGUUGUCGCCGUGGGAGGUGUGGCCAUAGGUAUUCUGGCUAGUAUCAUCAGCACAUUUAUUAUCCUUGACUUGGCCAGGCUUUUCAGGUUACAUUCUAAAGAGCAGUAGAAACAGAACGUGUUACUGGUUCGACACUUAAUCUAUUAGAACCGUGAAACAACCAACCGGUUCAAGUAGAGUAAUUUAUUCAAGUUAUGUAAUUAGUUUCAUUGAAUAAAGAUCAUUUUUA